AUGCUAAACUUAGCCUUCGGCGGGUCGGCGGCGGCUGCCUGCGGGGGGACGGGCAGCUGGAGAGGGGGGGAGCACGGGAGCGCUACUGCCUCCGUGAAGGAGCAACGCAGUAGUACGCGCGCUACCCUCCCACCAAGCGCCCGCCAUAUGCGCGUGCGCAGACCAAGCCAUACGUAUCGACGCAGUGAUAAAAAACAUUUGGUACACAACACUAUCAGUGGAUUUCACCCGUCGCCUUAUGAUUGGCCAACCGUAAUGUCAGAAAACGGCGGUACGGUUGUAUCACGGGCGUCAACACCACGUCCCGCUGGUGAUAGUACGGUGAACGCACCUCUGCGUUCCAGACAUGACCAAUUCCUCGCUAGCACAACCGAGAGAACCCAACAACGGCCCUCAUCAAGCGGUCGUAAUCCGAGCGGAAACUUCGAUACAAUUCCUUACCACCGCCAGAUGACGGCUGGCUCACUUCUGACAUCCACUCAUCGUGAAUCGUCAGCUUUCGUUCCUGUUGUACCAACGAGGGCAAUACACCCCGUAAUUUAUCCCAAUGAAAUGCAUCCAGCAUUGAUGUCGUCUGAAAUAAUUGAACGCGAAAGAAUGCUAGAGAGAGACAGAUCGGAGCCGGCGAAAGGCUCGCCCGAUCGCGGCUCUGGUAACUUCGGCAAAAGAAAUUCCUUCGACCUAAUGGCCAUGAUGGUCGAGAAGAGAAAAGAGGUUGCACUGCGUGAAGCUGCUGCUGCAAUGCUUCUUCCCCAUCACAGAACUCCUUCGAUAGAUGGGAUGAUAUCGGACAGUUCGUCCCAACCACCUAUAUAUGGGCCUCCUGGUGCAUUUCUUGGUGCGCCGGGUCCUUCGCCAACCACCGCUAAUACGUUUACGUUUCCGGGGGCUGGACUAUUUCCACCCGGGGCUGGACCUCAUCAAAUGCACCCACAUAUAGAUCGGCGGUUGCUUAGAGCACCGGGCAGAGCAUCUAGACCCAAAAAACAGUUCAUUUGUAAAUUUUGCAACCGUCAAUUUACCAAAUCAUACAACCUUUUAAUCCACGAGAGAACACACACAGACGAACGUCCGUAUUCCUGUGACAUCUGUGGCAAGGCAUUCAGACGGCAGGAUCAUUUACGAGACCACAGGUACAUACAUUCUAAGGAAAAACCGUUUAAGUGUACAGAAUGUGGCAAAGGUUUCUGCCAGUCGCGUACUUUGGCAGUUCACAAGAUACUGCAUAUGGAAGAGUCCCCUCACAAAUGCCCAGUAUGCAGUAGAAGUUUUAAUCAACGCUCAAACCUUAAAACACAUUUACUCACACAUACGGAUCACAAGCCAUAUGAAUGUAACUCAUGCGGAAAAGUAUUUAGAAGAAAUUGUGACUUGCGACGGCAUGCCCUAACACAUGCCGUCGGUGACGUUCCACCUGGAGACGUCCUCGAUGUAGGUGAAGAAGAUAUUGGAAGACCUGGAUCACCAAUUGAACCAGGCUAUGACGACGAAGACCCGGAUCUAUCAUCACCAGAACACUCCCCUGUUAGAAGAGCACGAUCACCGUCAGUCGAAAGUAUUGGACGAGAAAAAAGUGAGGAAAGACCCAGACGGGCUUCUCCAUCACCGGUAGAACGUACACAUUGCCAUCAUAAUGAACCAAGAGACAGAGCAAGUCCUUACACAAUGCGCCCCCAACAUAUUGAAAAACACAAAAUGUCAACACCUGACUUAUAUGAAAAACGGAGAUACACUUCAGAAGAAAUAAUUGAAAAGGAGAUGCGUUAUACAGAAAUUCCUGAUCAGCAAGUGAGACAUCCCCAGUUACAAAUUCGAAGAGACUUACAUCAAGUACAACCUCCGGACCCGACAAAACUUGGACUUAUGGCAAGUCCUCCUAUAGAGCCAAGACCUUCAGGAAUGUAUUUGAGCCCCUUUAGGAAGAGAACUCAUCCACCAGAUAUCGGAGAAGCCGUAAGAACAUGUGCUGCUAUUUAUCGAAGCCGGUCUCCUGAACCCACAAAUCUAACAGUUCCCCGGCCUCCAAUUGGAAAUGGCGAUGUUGUAGUAGCAAUGCCGCCAACGCUGAUAGGCAUACAAUCCUAUCAUAAAUUUGGCCUACCAUUACCUCCACCUCAUCCUCAAAUAGCUUACGGUCCCAUGCCACACACAGUGUUAGGACCACAACAGACAGUUGCUCAAGAUUUAAUUGUAAAACAUGUCCCACCUAAAGAUACCGUACCGAGUACUACAACAAGUGUCACCCAUUGCAAAGAGCUUAAUCCAUCACAUUCAAAAGACCCCGAUGAAACAUGUUCAAGUGUUAUUGCUAAUGGUAUAAAAAAUAUAGUAGGUAUACAACCAAGUACACACCCUAAACCUGGGAGCAGCAGUUCCAGCGGCCCCAAGAAAGGCUUUAGUAUAGAAGAUAUAAUGAGACGU